UGCUUGACAAUGGAUAUCCUGCUGAUAUUAGCUAGUGGCUUAACGUUAAUCGUAUUUGGUGUACUGUGGGUGCAAAAAAGAUUUACUUACUGGAAAAAGAUGGGAAUUCCCUACGAAGUACCGCAUUUCUUAUAUGGAAACCUUAAAGGCGUUGGGCAAUAUGACCACGAUGGUCUUCUGACCCAGAAGUUUUAUGAAAAGUUUAAAGGAAUAAGUCCUAUUGUUGGGGUCUACUAUUCCAUUAAGCCAGUUGCAAUUUUCAUUGAUAUCAAUCUUAUUAAGGAUAUCUUAAUCAAGGAUUUUGCAUCUUUUCACGACCGGGGUAUCUACUACAAUGAACGGGAUGAUCCCUUGUCAACCCAUUUGAUUAGCUUGCCCGGAGGUAAAUGGAAACAACUGCGAAACACAUGCUCACCAGCCUUCACAAGUCUAAAGAUGAAAACGAUGUUCUCGACAAUGAUGGAGGUUGGAGUGAAACUUGAAAAGAAAAUUGACCAAGUUUGCAAGAGUGGAAAAGCGCUGGACAUUAAAAAAGUGAUGUCCCUGUUUACGAUGGAUGUUAUUGGGAGUUGCGCCUUUGGCUUGGAGACAAACAGUUUAGAGGACGAAAAUAAUGAAUUCUUCCGGAUGGGGAUCAGUGUUUUCGAUAAUCCUAGAUAUUCUACAAGAUCAACGUUUGUUCUCCAAGCCUUCCGAGGAUAUGCGCGAAAGCUACGACUUAAACUUUUCCGGGAUGAAGUUAUUAAAUUCUACACGGAUCUUGUACGAAACACGAUUGACUAUCGGUUGAAGAAAAAGGAAGGACGGAAUGAUUUUAUGCAGAUAUUGAUCCAGUUACAUACGAGCAAAGGAGAGGAUAAUUUAUCCUUCAAUGAGGUCUUAGGCCAAACUUUUGUGUUUCACAUCGCUGGUUUUGAGGCUUCCGCCUCCAUCCUUCAGUUUUGCUUCUACGAGCUUGCUUGUAACCCUGACAUCCAGAAUCGGUUGAGACAUCAUAUCAACCAGGUAUUGAGAAAACAUGACGGAGAAGUGACGUAUGAAGCGAUAAUGGAUAUGAAGUACCUCGAUCAGGUAGUAAACGAAACUCUUCGGAAGAAUCCACCUUUCGGAAUGUUAUCCCGAGAAACCACUUUAAACUAUAAAAUUCCCGGCACGGAUUGCAUCCUUGAAAAAGGCACUAGUCUGCAUAUACCAAUCUACGCCAUACACCAUGAUCCUGAAUUUUAUCCAAAUCCAUCAAAGUUCAAUCCAGACAAUUUCUCUGAGGAAGCUGUGAAGAAUAGACACCCAAUUGCCUUCCUCCCAUUUGGGGCAGGACCCAGAGCUUGUAUAGGGGUUCGAUUCGGUAUGAUGCAAGUGAAACUAGGGGUUAUUACUGGACUGCGAAAAUUCAAGUACACCUUAUCGCCAAAGACUAGACAACCGAUAAAGCUUCAAUCAAAAUUUUUUGUUGCACAACCUGAAGGAGGCUGUUUUGUCGACUCUGAUAGGGGAACAACAAUCAAGAAAUGCGAAGAUGUCAUUGGAAACCCUUUAACGUAUAGGCCAGAUACCGCUCCAACAGCUACAAUCAAUGGGACCGUUGACUUCGGUCAUACCCAUCCCCUACGUUUACUAGAAGCUCUUAAACAGGAUGUUAUCGAAAAAAUGACCUAA